UGUUGCAAAUGGUCAACACAUUUGGCUACUAACCAAAAGUUUGGAGGUUCGAGUCCAUCCAGAGGCACCUCAGAAGAAAGACCUGGCAAUCUACUUCUGAGAAAUUAGCCAUUGAAAACCCUAUGGAGCACAGUUCUACUCUAACACAUUUGGGGAACUGGAACCGACUCGAUGGCAAUUGGUACUGGUACUGGUACUGGCAGUAUGGGAGUGCUAUCUAAAGGAUACAUGGAUUUUUUCCGAGGUGAUGGAAUGUUCUAAAAUUGACUGUGAUGAUACAUAUAUCUGUGAACACAGUAAAAACCAGUGACUUGUACACUUAAGAUGGGUGAAUUAUAAGUUAUGUGAAUUAUAUGUCGAUUAUCUGUUUUCUGAAAAAGGAUAAAUAAAUGAAAGAAGACAGGGACCUUAUAUGGACCUCACUGAGAGGCCAUAAACUGAGGGCCCCUGUAGCUGAGGCCCAACCCUCUCUUCUCCCAAAGCCCACCUCCCCCCCGCCAAAAGAUAUUUGUUUCCAAUUACAUGGUAGUGUUUGAGAGCGUCAGGCUUGUGUUUUGUCCAAGUGUCUUCCAUAACUGAGUUCUCUUACUGGUGCAAGUUUCCUGGAAGUGAAAAUGGCAGGGAGGACUCAGAUCGUGUUGCUGAAUGCCAAUGCCACCAUCUGCUGCAAGAUCCCUGGUUCCCCACAGCUGGACAUCAGUAUUAUGGGUAUCUCCUGGUUUUGGAAAAGGCAGAAAUCUUCAGAGGAGGUCAAACUAUUUGAGUUUUUUGGAGAUCACUGUAAGACAAUCCGACCUGGAGCCACUGUAUCUCAGAAGAGCCUAGAGAGUGGGGAUGCUUCACUGCAGCUGCCUGGAGUGCAGCUGGAGGAAGCAGGAGAGUACCGGUGUGAGGUGGUGGUCACCCCUCAGAAGGCACAAGGAUCGGUCCAGCUGGAGGUUGUGGCUUACCCAGCCAGCAGCUUGUUGCCAGAGACAGCUAUGGUAGAAAUUAAUGAAGAAAAAACUCUUGUGUGUGAGUCCAGUGGGUUCUACCCAGAAUCCAUUAACAUAACAUGGAAGAAGUGGACCAAGAAAGGUCCUCAGUUCAUGGAGAUUUCUGAGGGCAUCACCACUGGCCCCACCAUCAAGAGCAAGGAUGGCACAUUUAAUACCACUAGCUCCUUGAAGCUGAAGCUCACUCUGGAAGACAGUGGGAACAUCUAUCAGUGUGUGGUAUGGCAUGAGUACUUGUCCACCUCUUUGAGGUUCAACUCCACCCUGAUUGUGAACAGUAAGCAUCCUGCUGGGCAUUUCCCCUGCCCUUCUCCUUGA